CCACGAAGGAAAUGAGGGCAGUAGGCAAAGGAAAGUAGAAAGUAGCAGUGACACCGGAACAGGUAAUAAGACGCAUAAUAUCAACAGGUACCACCCACGGCGACCCAUCACAACCAUGGUCGCCAUAGUCCAGUAAGGCCAUAUGCAGCAAUAAACCGAUUCUCUCUCCCUCUCUCUCCCAUCACACCACCAACUCCAUUCCUAUCGUACCACCAUUACUACAAACCACUCCACAUCAAACCAGCCCAGAAACAAUGAGGAACACCUCCCCAGCGACUACCCCGGCCUCCCCCUCCUCCACCCACCGCACCCACCGGCGCUCCCUCAGCAAAUCCCUUUCCGCCGCAACCUCCAGCUACAACACCCGCUUCCUCUCGGCCUUCAGACACCCGCCUCCUCCCCCCUCCCCACCUCCAAUCGACCUACCAGGCCUCCCCGGCAUCCGCUCCGAUAGCGGCGUAGCCCGCGUGUUCCGUCUCGACCCGCGAGUUCCGCGGGCGGGGGUGCGGCGGCGGAUUUUUGGGCAUGGCCAUGAGGAGGAGGAGGAUGAAGACGGGCAGGCGGGGAAUACGGUCGUGAGAGGGGAUACGCUGCCAAAACAUGCGAGCGUUUUCACCGGUCUGCCGAGCACUGCGAACUCCGUGUAUCCCUCUGCGGCGGCGAGCCCGGCGAGCUCGGGCUCGGAUAUCGCGGUCGGGGGAGGGAGAGGGGGAGAAGGUGGAGCGCAGCAGACGAGGCAUAGGCAUCAUGCUAGGAGGAAGACGUUUUUUGUACCAGCGCCUCAAGCCCCAGGCCCGGCGGAAAUGCGGUGGGGGUUGGAGGGGAACGGGGCGCAGGCGGACGGGGAAAGAGAGGUCGAGACGAUCACGACGUUCAAGAUCCGCGUUCCGGCGGAUAUGAAUCUGCCGGAUGAUAUCCAUGUGUACCUUCCCAGACGGGGGAGGAGUGCUAGGCCCGGGUUGCCAGCGGAGUGGGCUGUGAUUGCGGCGGACCCUAGUGAUAGGGUGGUAAGGGAACGGAGUGUGGUAAGGGAGGUGUUUGAGUAGCAGUAGUGUUAUUGGUAGCUUGAGUAUUGAGUGUUGCGAAUGAUGGUUUUGUUAUGGGUG